AUGCUAGACUGGCUGCUGGGGCUCGGGGGAUCGCCCAAGAUCCGCCCGAAGCACCUGCAGGAUAUCGUGGAGCAGUUGCUCUCGCAGCAGCGGCCCGGCAGCGGGGAACAGCCCUUCCCCCUGAAUGAGAGAGAGCUGAAGCGGCUAUGCGGCGCGGCCAAGGAGGUGCUGCUGAAGGACCCCUCUCUGGUUGAGCUCAGGACCGACGCGCAGGUGGUGGUGGUGGGCGACCUGCACGGCCAGUACCAGGACUUGCAGCGCAUCUUUGAGCGGCUGGGGCGGCCGGGCAGCGACCCCAAGGUGUGGGUGUUCCUAGGAGACUACAUCGACGGGGUGAGGCGGGGGAUGAGGGGCUGGCCCAUGGGUCUGGAGAUUGUGGCCACACUGCUGGCGCUCAAGCUGCGGCACCCCACCCAGGUCUUCAUGCUCCGCGGCAAUCACGAGUGCAGCGAGAUCACGGUGCUGUUUGGUUUCUGCGGGGAGUGCCAGCGGCGCAGCACGCUGGCGGUGUGGGAGGCCGUCAUGCAGGUAUUUGACGCGCUGCCCCUGGCGGCCCAGCUCAACGGCAGCGUGUUUCUGUGCCACGGCGGCAUCAGCCCCCACCUCAAGCGGCCGCAGGACAUCAACGAGAUACGGCGCCCGCUGGAUGUGAACCCCAACGGCGAGGGCCUGCUGUGCGACCUGCUGUGGGCCGAUCCCAGCGCCAACAUCAGUGGCUGGUGCCCCAACCCGCGCGGCGUCUCCUACGUCUUUGGCCUGGACGUGGCGCAGCGGUGGAUGCGGGACAACGGGCUGCGCGCCAUCGUGCGGGCGCACAUGGUGCAGCAGACGGGGUUUGAGGUGCUGGGCAACAACGAGGUCAUGACGGUCUUCUCGGCGGCAGACUAUCGCGAGUCGGGUGGGUGGCCUGGCCUGGCCUUGGAUGUGGGCCCUGUGGGGACAGGAGCAGGGGUGAAGGCGCUUGCCGCGAGCCAGCCAUGUUGGAUGUUCUGGUCGACCGGCUGGCUGCCUGGCUGCGCGGGCUGGCGUGGGUGA